CUACUCAAUUUACUAAUCACAUGCUUCCUUCCAAGAGCCUAUUUACCUGGUUAAAGCUCCUCCUAAGUCUGACGAAUUUAGCCAGUUCUCCUAUUCCAUUGGCUGGACCCGGCCCCUCCUCUCGUACAUCCUGCUCGGGGCGGAAGUGGGGGAGCCCCUAUUCCCAUUGGCUUAGAUUUGCAAGCGGCCGUGAUCUCGCGAGUCUAUCAAGACAACUUCCGCUCUCAGGAAGUACAGUUCCGGAAGGGGUGGGCUUUGUGAAGAUGGCGGCGCCGGAGGUGCUGGAGUCAGAUCUGCCAGAUGUCGUGGCACUUUUGAAAAACCUCCAGGAGCAAGUGAUGGCUGUCACUGCACAAGUGCAAGCUCUGACCAAAAAAGUUAAAGCUAAAGCCUAUCCUACAGAGAAGGGUCUCAGCCUUUUGGAAGUGAAAGAUCAGCUGUUGCUCAUGUACCUUAUGGAUUUGAGCCAUCUCAUCCUGGACAAAGCCUCAGGAGGGUCUCUUCAGGGACAUCCUGCAGUUUUGAGACUGGUGGAGAUUCGCACGGUUUUGGAAAAGCUUCGUCCUUUGGACCAAAAACUGAAGUAUCAAAUUGACAAACUGGUCAAGACUGCAGUGACAGGCAGCCUCAGUGAGAAUGACCCACUCCGUUUUAAGCCUCAUCCCAGCAAUAUGAUGAGCAAGUUGAGCUCUGAGGAUGAGGCGGAAGAUGAAGCAGAGGAAGGCCAGUCUGGGGCUUCAGGGAAGAAAUCAGGAACAGGGACAGCUAAGAAAUACGUUCCACCACGCUUGGUUCCAGUGCAUUAUGAUGAAACAGAAGCUGAGCGGGAGAAGAAGCGCCUAGAACGAGCCAAGAGACGGGCGUUGAGCAGCUCUGUCAUCCGUGAACUAAAGGAGCAGUACUCAGAUGCGCCAGAGGAAAUCCGUGACGCGCGGCAUCCUCAUGUCACCCGCCAGAGCCAGGAGGAUCAACACAGGGUUAACUAUGAGGAGAGCAUGAUGGUACGUUUAAGUGUCAGUAAGCGGGAGAAAGGACGGCGGAAACGAGCAAAUGUCAUGAGCUCACAGCUUCACUCCCUCACGCACUUCAGUGACAUCAGUGCUUUGACAGGAGGAACCCCUCAUCUUGACGAGGAUCAGAAUCCUACUAAGAGGCGGAAGAAGAUACCUAAGAAAGGUCGGAAGAAAAAAGGUUUUCGGAGGCGGCGGUGAUUAUGGGUGUACAUAUUUUUUUUUUUUUUGUCAUCCUGGGAUACUUCUAAUUUUACUGUAUGUGGGUUUUUUCCUUGGAAUUCUUGAAUGACUUGCUCUGGACAUGUGGAAAGAUCUUUAUUAAUAAAAAUGAUUUUGCAUACGAA